AACGUUCGGUAUGCUUACUAAAAGCACGGUUCAUGGCCAGACAUUUUAGUUUACGCGGUUUAUGAUGUACUAAUAGAGGAACGCGCGAAUUGGAACGCCGCGUCGUAUCGUGUGUGUUUUCGACGUAUCGUGCAAAUGGCGGCUCUCGUGAUGUUUUGUGAAAUAUUUGUGAGGUAUUAGAUAUACGAAUUUUAUGCAAUUUGCGAUAAUAAGUGGUAUAGAUACGUACUAUUAUUGUCGAAGUUUGAAACGAUUUAUUAUAAACAUGGUGAAAUUGCUAAAGAAGUUCUUUCCCGGCGACAAAGUUUUUGCGAAAGUUCGAGGUUACCCGCCAUGGCCAGCUAAAGUUGAGAAAGUUGUAGAUUCCAAUUCUAAAAAUGCUAAAUAUAACGUAUACUUUUAUGGUACAGGUGAAACGGCUGUGUGUAAAGUAGAAGAGCUGUUUACCUAUACUGAAAACAAAGCAAAGUUUGGUAAUAAAGCUUUACGAAGAAAAUUUUUUCAUGAGGGCUUACAACAACUCGAGCAAGAACUUAAAAAUGAAAGAAGUAAAGCUGGAGAUAUAGAUGAUCUACAAGAAUCGGAUAUUGUAGAAGAAACUGGCACAAAAGGUAGCAAUGUAGCAUCAGGAUUACCCACAGCUAGUGCAACGGAUAGUGACUUGGAAUCUGGAUCUUUAAUAAUCGAUGAAGGAAAUAAAAAAAAAUCCCUAAAGAGAAAACCUUUUUCUACAUCAUCUAAUAAUCCAGAAACUCCUGAAUUAAAAAAGAAACGCGGGAAGGCAAAGGCAUUAUCCACAUCAACAAGUGACACAUCGAAACAAGAAUUAGCUCUUGAUUCUCAAGGGGAGGAAUCACCUAAAGAAAUCGUAAGCCGCAGUGGACGAAAAAUUAAACCAAAGCGUUUUGCUGAUUUCUCAAGUUCUGAAGAAACAGAAGAACAUUCUGGCAGAGGACGCGGAAAAAUUAAAAACGAUGAGUCUAACGAGCACAUAUCGUCUGCCGGAACUUAUAAGAAAAGAAAUAUCACCACGGAAAAGAAAAAUAGUAUUGGCGAGACAUCGCUUAUGGAAGGUACUGUGGUUUCUAAUCCUACAUCUUCCGAAACACCAGGCCGAUUUCUUCUUGCACGAACGUUUGCCGGUGAAUACGUGGGCAUUAAAUUAGAUGUAGACAGGCCAAAAUCAUUUGAUAGCGAAAAAGCUAGAACGCAAUGGGAUUGGACUACGGCUCGGAAUGCAAUGAAGUUAAAAGGUCAACUAGAAAGCGGUGAAAUUUUACCAGAGCAAGUCAAAGAUUCAUUAGAUUUUAAUGUAUAUGUGCCAGAAGAUGAGAAACGUCUCUUGGCGAAAGAUGGUGCGAUUCAUCGAAAGACUUACAAGCUAAGAUGGCUUCGUAUAGAAGCGCAAUUGUUACAAUUGGAUGCUCAAAUAAAAUCUAAUCUUGGUUUGGAUCGGGCUAAUACUGACAAAUGUUUAGAAGCGAUGGAUGAAAUAUUGUCCCUUUCUAUUGAUCCAUUAAUGUUAAAAAAGCAUCCACAUAUUGUUGAAACUGUGAAAAGGUUAAGGCGGUACAUUGGUAACUUAGCCGACUGGAAAUUGAGCAAAGAAGAAGAGGCCGUUUUCAAACAAAAGGCAGAACAAAUAAGACAAAAAGCGGAGCACAUAUACAAUAAAUUUAAGGCCAUGUUCACUAUACCAGAGGGACAAUCGUUUUGGCAAUCAUUUUCUGAUCAAGUGGACCAUUUCAAGGAAUUAACGAAAGACAUGCCCGAAGAAAAAGUUUUCUCCUUAAUGUCUGAUCCUACUUGUCCAGAUGCUGCUGGUAUAUCAGAGGAUGCAACUGCUGAUGAUAGUGGCAGUCAAGUAGAUACAGACGUUACAGUGAAAAUAGAAUCGGAACAAGUGCCUAUCAGAAUUGAAAGCCCUAAAGAAACAGAAACCAAGUAACAUACAUACGUUUCGUAUGUAGUAAAAGGUGGACGUAGUUCACUAUGUUUUGUGCGAUACUAUACUAUACAAGACAGCAGAGUGUUUUUCAACUGAUUAAGGGAGUGGCCUUUGCACGUUUGAAAAUGAUCUAUGUGGAUAAAUUUUCUUACUGCAAUAAUUCUAUGGGUUUUUCUGAAAUUUCUAAUGAAUUCCCUUUGGCGUUAUUAUAAUAAUACUACAAGAACGUGCACGUGUCAGAAUAUUUACAAUUGCAGGUCGGCGAUGUAAAUGACACUCAUGCUGCCAAAAAAAGUUUAAUUGACACAAAUUAUACAAAUUAGAAAAAUCAACUUUCUAUAAUAUGUAAUUGUUUCUCUGCCUCUGUGAAUGUAAUUUAUCUUUACAUCGUUUUGAUCGUACCAAAGCAGAACUUUCACAGUAAUCAUUCAUAGUAAGACAGCGAUCAUCUUUACUUCAUAACUAUUGUUUCUUUCAAACUAUCGAUGUAAAUACAGGAAUACACAAUUCAUGUUAUACAUUAACACUAUACUGACAGGCAAUGAAUAAUUCAAAAGUAAAGUAAUUGUACAAUGCGUUCCAUUGGAAUGCCAUCAAUGUAUUGACUUAUUGCGAGAAACGAUUUUUAUCUUUUUGAAAUUCAUGUUUCUAUUGCACUUUAAAGGCAAAAUUACAUUGUCCGAGCAAUAAGAAAAUUCUGUUUUUCAGUAUAACGCUGAUGAUAUCUCGAAAUAUUUCUCGAUAUAUUUUAAAGUCUGUUAUUGGGCAUUUUUACAAAUAGUUAUAGGUAAAUGUUGGUUCAUUAGUUGUAGAAAUUAUGAGCAUACGUAGCAAUAAAUUUAUGAUUGAUAGCAACGCGAAGUAACAAGAACAUGUGAGUUAUGGGUAAGUAUUUUGAGUUUACUAUAUUGCUCUUAUAACUCUAAAAAUGAAGAUACUUUACUCAAGUAAAAUUAAAUUGUUAUACAAUAUAAUUAUACAUAUAUAGAUACAUAGAAAAAUGUUUCUCACUAAAUCUCUUAAAUCUGUUAUUAAAGAUUGCAAUUGAUUUCAAAAAUGUUGAAAGUCGAAAGACAUUUGUUAAUUUACAUCGUUCGAUAUAAGACUAUUUUAAUUUAAAAUUAUUUUCAUAGGAGAGUAAUGGUAAGCUCCUACAUUAUAAUUUUUAUUAAUGAUAAUAGUAUAUACAUAAUGAAACAUAAAAUUGAUUUAAUUCAAAGUAGUUGUGAAGACAAUACUGCUAAGUAUCUACAAAAAGAAAGAAAAAAGAAAAAGAAAAAAAAAAAACACUGUAUCGGAAAGUAUAAGUUACCGACAAGAAAAUUUGUCUUAUUUCAACUUUUGUACAAAUAGAAAUUAUUCAAAUAUAACAUAUCAAAAAUAUAAUUAAAUUUGAUUUUAUAAAAAUUGAUUUUGCUUUAUUUUUAAAGACGAAGAAGAUAACUAAGCGAUUGGAGAGACACGAUCCAGACAUAAAGUCGAUGAAAAAGAAAAUUCUUGUUUCUCUUAUAAACUACUUUUAAUAGAAAACGUUUAAUAGAAAACGUUUGUGUAUCGAACGUUCGAGAAAUGUUCGUAUACGAUCAAACGGUAUCUUAUGCUAAGAUUUUAUAUAUAUAUAUAUAUAUAUAUAUAUAAUUUUUUAAACUUUAAAUAUUAAAAAUUUAAUAUAACACUCGUCAAUGAAAUCAUCGACGAAAAUCGCCGGGCUGUAAACGGUGGCCUUUGAAGUGCAUUGAAAACAUAAAUCAUUUGUACCAUCUUUUCACUGUACUUUUAAAAUGAUUUAUAUCGAUUCAUUUAAACCAAUCGAUCGUUUAGUUUUCAUACGGUAGAAUCGCACCGAGUUUGUUUUCAAACGUUAAAGAUAGAAACUUGGCGCGUUUAUUGCAAAAUAAUCUCGUUAUAAUAAAAGAAAAUGUUUAUUUCAAAUGUAUUUCAAAUAUUUUGAAUAAAAAAUGUUAUAAGGUA